AUGACUCGUGCCGGCCGCAAGUCUCUGCAAAGGGAGGUGAUGGAUGUGGAGCACAAAAUAGUUAUAGAGACUUCCAAGCGCCAAGAUGCCGAAAAGGCGCUUUUGCAGUACCGUUCGCAGCAGCCACCACCUCUCUUCGGCAUGUCACAUGAAAUGCGGAGCAUUUUGGACGAGAUUGAACAAGUGAAGGAAGAGAAGCGAACGCUCCGCGAAUGUCUAGAGCGUGGUGUUGUGGAGGCCGAGCGUGUAUCGGGGCAGUUAUCACAUGCUUCUGAGGCUAUUCAUCAUACGGAGGCGCUUGAAAAAGAGAUUCGGCAAACACUGCAGAAGAUGAAGAGGCAACAUACUGAGCUUCAACAGCAACUUCAUGGGACACGUAUGCAAGUGAGAUUGAUGCAGCAGGGGGUUGAUUCACGGGAAAGCAGUGGUGCCGUACAAGGAGCGCAGAACAGCCUCACAAAUGUGGAAUAUGAUCCACCUCUUGAAGAUUACUUGCAUAUUACGAAGAAACCUGAGAAUCUGAAGGAUAAAAGUGUACUACUUGAGAAGGCGGAGGCGGCGAUGAAGUGCCUUACUGCAUGCUCUCGUUGCUCGCUUCACAAACUUGGAAAGAUUAGUGUGGCUUUGAACACCAAUAGCAUGUGCGACGACAUGGAGAACACAUCUAAUGAGAGCAAUUCUUUUGAUUCAGAGGAGGGGGCAGACGACGCACGCCCACCACGAGUUCUUUUUUCUUCUGCGAGGGUGGUAAUUGACCGCUGUGAUUCAUGUCUUUGUACAAUUUGGUCUGGCCUGAGUCGCGCUGGUUUUGACCAAUUGCAUCUUCGGCGCCAACGCGAUAUGCAGUUUCAGGAGGCGUGCAUGGUGGUGGAACGGGAUUUGGCAACAACUGUUGGAAAAUGCAGUGCGAGUCUGCAGGAGUUGGGUAACAAGGUUGCGGUGUGGAAAAAGAAGCGGUGCACGUUUGAGCGCCUGGCCCUUGAGGCGGAGUCGGCAUACCAGUGCGAUGUGGCCACAAAUUCUUUUCAGGGGGAGGGUGACGGCGACCCCAGUAACGAUGCUGAAGCUAAAAAUGUGUUCGCGGAAAGCUUUGCUGAUGCUGAGAAGCGGAGAGCGCUCUUGUUGGGAAACGAACAUCGUCGACUGUACGCGACCAACAAGGCACUGAAAAUGCAGCUGGAAACUUCCAUGAGUGACUACGAGUCCGUCAGGGAGUUAAAGCAUGCUUAUCGUGACCUUGAAGUAAGGAAGGCCGAACUUGCUCACGUGAAUAAACAGAUGCGGGCGACAAACCGCUGGAUGAAGCAAUGCACUUGGGAGCUUGACGAGAAGGCAGUAAUGGAUUCUGCUGGAACUUUAACCUGA